CGGAAGCAGAGCCUCAGUCAGUCUGCUGCCAUAGUCGGAGGCUGCAGCCGCGUCUUCGGUUCUUUAUUUCUCCCAGGUAUCUCACUCCCUUCAUCGCCACAGCAAGUCACCUGGAUUUUAAGAAACAAAAAAAAAACAAAGAAAGAAAAGAAAGAAAGAGAAAAAAAACAAUCUUUUCCGACGUGCACUCCACCCGAUGUGAAUAAAUCAAGAGAGGAAAGGAGAGCAGAUAAAACAGAAGAGAAAUGGGAGCGUUCAGGGUGCUGCUGGGGAGUUUACAUUACAUGGGACUCUACAUGCAACUUAGUGUCUGCACAAGGCAAGCUGGACACGGCGAGAUAGAGAACCACAUCUCUGGGAACGCUAUGUUCACAGAGGUGCCUCAUGAUAUGACUGCUCAGAGAGGUCAGGAUGUGGAGAUGGCCUGCUCCUUCAGAGGGGCUGGGACACCCUCGUAUUCACUGGAGAUCCAGUGGUGGUACAUCAGGAACCAUCUUGACUGGACAGACAGACAGCCUUGGACAACCAAUGAAGUGGCUCCUGAGGAGGAUAUGCCGAAGGAUGCUACAAAGAUAAGUGUUGUGAAGGUCGUAGGAAGCAACAUCUCCCACAAACUCCGCCUAUCCCGGGUCAAGCCAUCUGACGAAGGCACCUACGAGUGCCGCGUCAUCGACUUCAGCGAUGACGCCGGCGCCCGCCACCACCGCGUCAGAGCCUACCUGCAGGUGGUGCCGGAGAGCGACGUCAUCAACAGCAACCACAACGACAACUUCGAGUCCCUGGACGACACCAAGGGAGGAGUGGCAUUCGCUGAUGGGGACGACACAGAAUCUCACGGUGGCACCAAAGAGCACGCUCAUGGCCAUCACCAGAAUCACGGGCACCACCAGGAGCACGGGAAGCGGCCUUCGUCGCCAUCCCACCACGGCCACAGCCACAGCGGCAGCAGUCAGCAGCACAAGGCGGGCAGGGAGCUGAAGAAGAGGGACGUGGACAGUAACCACAGCCACAAUGACUGCACCAACGAGCCAAGCUGUACGCUGUAGAUGCUGGCUUAUUACACCUGAGUGAUAGAUUACACAAGGAUUGCAUAACAUGAUGCGUGUCACAGCAUAAAAAGCUAUUCUUCCCACACAGUGCAAGCCUGCGCACAAACCCACAAUCUCUAAAAAUGUACAGUAUGGCUUAUUCAGAGCACAGUGCUGUAAACUGUGCUGGGAAUGUAGCUUUUUCUUGCUGUGCAUGGGUUCGGGCUGCUCACUGUCUGUAAGGCCUGGCCUCACAACAUUCAGCAAGAGGGGCUGAUGUGUAGAUCUAAGCAGCUCCACUGUUUCUGUUCUCUGCACCGACAAAAACAGACUCUUGUCUUACUAUUAACCCAUGCUCCUCUUGUACUUUAUAUACUGUAAAUGACACAACCCUGCUUUCACACUCAUACUUCUUGCACUGCCUUACUCUGUCAUUUGAUGCACCCUCAGAAACAAAUUAUAAUGUCAUACAUUUUGUAACUGGGUCUAUGCCCUGUGAAGGAAAAUGUUCCAUUUAUUCUAAAAGUACACUGAAUGGAACCUUGUCCAGUCUGAUUCCUUAGCUUCAGUGCAUCUUUUUGUGUAUUCAAAUAUUGGACAUGAAUAUGGUGCAAAAUCUGUACACACCCGAAAUUCAGCAAGUUAUUCUGUGUACUCGCGGGGAGAAAGCAAGCGGCUUCCUUCAGCAGGAAUUCAUCAAGGUCCCAGAACAGCAGUGCUCAUCAAGGACAGAUAUGGCCUCUAUUCAUUUAAGUUGGAGUAAAUGCAGUGGCAGUGUGGGAUUUCUCCCACAUUUGUGCCCAAUUCAAACAAAGCACAUCACAGGUUGUAUUUUCCCCCACAGCGCUUUUGAGCUUAUGAAUUUGCAGCAGCAACUGAAAAUAUGAUUUUUGUUCGCCCCUUUGUGCCGCAGGUUCGAUCCAUUCACAGCUGUUCAGGCUGAGAGAAAUCAAUCGAGUUGUUCCGUGUGGACCCCACCUGUUUGGAAAGCUGUGAAAAGAUCAAAAUCUGUGCCACUAAAUUAAAAAUCUGAUUUGGUGUGCCUCUGAAUCCGCUUUGUGACUAUAAAUCAAUAGGAGAAAUGUGAUCUUGGUCCAAGAUACUUUCUGGGAAGAGCAGCGCUGUACCUGUCCCAGCUUAGCUCCCUUAUUCCAGUGCUCUGGCCCAGUGCUCAUCAAUCAUUUACAAAGCCUCAAUCCACUCCGCUACAAGCCUCUAAUCCACUCUGUAUAUAUGACUGUAUAAUAAGAAAUAAAGUGAGUGCAUGUUCAGUAAUUUUCUUAAAACUUUUUCAACCAACCAUAUACAAAGAUAGUGUGUUAGUUGUGAAAGUUAAGGACAUGUUUGUCAUUUACUAGUUUGGUUCAUUGAAAAGAAAGAAAAAAAAAAGUCCAUUCUGUUCUCAAUCUCUUUUUUCUACUUUAAAAGUCCUGUCAAAAAGAGAUCUUUUUUCUUCAAAGCAGUUUUCCGUUGCUUUACUGCUCUCCAGAAGUGCUGUACAGACAGAUGAAUGACACAUCCUCUUCAUAGCUGCUCAAAAAGGGGUUUCCCUAAUGUAUCUUAGUACUUAAACAGUGUUUCUUAAACUACUGUACUGUAUGUGCAGGGCCGCUAACAUGAGUGUUGCUGUGUUUUAAUGAGCUUGAAUGUGGGAUUCAUUUCACGCAGUUUGGGACUUGGUCUGAAAGGUUUGAGAGGUCAUUUUACUUCUGCAGAUUUUGUAACCUGACGAUAAUCUCUUUGCUUAGAUGCUUAUGUGAAGCGCAAGACAAUACUUCACUCUGACGGGAUCAAAUGGGACAAAGUGAAUGUGGGUAACACACUGGAUAAAGCCUGGAGCGGCGAGGAGCAGGAGGAAAAUGUUGUUAGUGAAACACUGAAAUUGGCUGUCCGUACUGCCUCAAAAUAUAGUCUGUGUCUCAAGGCCAUGAGGGGCUUUACUUCUCUGCUGUAUUAUCCAUCAGAGGAACUACAGUGCUCCUGUCCCUGUAGACUGGGAAGGUGCUUUAGUGGAAGGAGUGAUCACUGGGAUUGUUUUUUUUCCAAACGAGUAACUUUGAUUUGAUGUUUUGUAAAGAAGAGUUUGCGAUUUAAAAAAAAGAGGGAAAAUGUACAUUUCUUCUAGAAUGUUUGGUCUCACACUAAGUGUAUGGCUUUAUCAAAUGAAAUAAAUUGUAUAUGAAACAACAA